UGACAAGUUGCCAUGUGACGUGGCUGCGGUGAACUGCUAGGUGGCACUCGUCAGAGAUUCAGCAACGUUUAAUUCGUUGACAGAGGUGUGCGUUCAGUGUCCAGAGCCGGUUGUUGCGAUCGGGUGCAAAGUGGAGCACAAGAUUUGUCACAUAUUGUAUUAAGAGACUAAUAAAAAAAAUGAACAGGCUCAUUGUUUUGUGCAUUAUCGCCGUCACCACCUCCUUGGCGUUGGCCGAAACUUGUCAAAAACCAGAAGUUUCAGCCUCAGCAUACGUUACCGAAGAUGCUACAGUCUUGACUAACAUCGCUUUCACCACACAAUUCACGCUAAAGUGUAGCAACGGCGCCAAAGGUGUUUCUCUAUAUGCCGAGGUCGAAGGAAAGACUUUGCCCGCAGUCAGACUCAGUGCGGACAACAAAUAUCAGGUCAGCUGGACGGAGGAUAUAAAGAAAGCUAGAUCAGGAGAUUACAAUGUUAAUCUGUACGAUGAAGAAGGGUACAGUGCCCUUCGCAAAGCAAUUAGAAACGGAGAAGAUCCGAGCAGUGUGAAACCUCUAGCUGUUGUUGUCCUCAACAACCCAGGUGCUUACCUUGGACCAUGGAUAAACUCUGAACUCUUAGCUGCAUUCUUAGCUGCAUUUGUUACAUACACAGCAUUCUCUGCCAAAUGGAAGCUGUUAUCGUAAACUAAGUAAUUACAAUUUAAGUCAUGAAUGAUAUUUUUAACUGCCUCUGGCUUCACUAUUUAUACUAAACCGUUAAUUGGAUUCAAAUAGUUUUGUAAAAUAUCAAUGUAUCCAAUAUCGAACGAUCAAUCAAUGAUUCUCCUGGAGAACCAAAACUGUGACUGAAUAAAAUUCAUUACUUUAUCAAUUCUAA